UCUGUGACGUGCUGCAUCUUGCAUUUGCACGUCCACUGUUUAGCAGCAAGACUGAGCUUCUUUCUCUGCAGAGGCAAAAAGCAUCCACCCACUUGGAGACAUUUCUUAUCCAAACACUACAUAUAGACUGUCCCCUGACCAUAGAUUGCCCCCCACCCACUCCUCAUCCACCCACCCACAUUUCUCCUCUCCUUAGUACCUACCAGCAUGGCUGAGACUAAAACCCAUGUUAUAUUGCUGGCCUGCGGCAGCUUCAAUCCUAUCACAAAAGGACAUAUUCAGAUGUUCGAGAGAGCCCGGGACUUUCUGCACAAGACUGGAAAGUACAUUGUGAUCGGAGGAAUCAUUUCCCCUGUUCAUGACUCAUAUGGGAAACAGGGUCUGGUUUCAAGUCGACAUCGUCUUAGUAUGUGUCAGCUGGCUGUGCAAAACUCAGAUUGGAUAAGGGUGGACCCCUGGGAGUGCUAUCAGGAUACGUGGCAGACAACAUGUAGCGUCUUGGAACACCACCGAGACUUGAUGAAGAGAGUCACUGGAUGUAUUCUCUCUAAUGUGAACACACCCUCUGUCACACCUGUGAUUGGUCAGUCCCUUAACCAACCAACACAACCUGUCUACCAGAACAGCAACCUCAGCAACAAGCCUACUGCUGUGAGGAUCCUGGGAAAAGUUGGAGAGGGACUAAGUCGCAUGUGUUGCGUCCGUCCAAACUUACAGCGUGUCACCUUUGUUGAUGAGAAUGCCAACUUGGGAACAGUGAUGCGAUAUGAGGAGAUAGAGCUGCGAAUCUUGCUCCUAUGCGGCAGUGACCUGCUUGAAUCAUUUUGUAUCCCUGGCCUGUGGAAUGAAUCAGAUAUGGAAGUAAUUGUGGGAGAUUUUGGAAUUGUGGUUGUGCCACGUGAUGGAGUAGAACCUGAACAAAUACUCAAUCACUCAUCAUUGCUUCGUAAAUACAAGAACAACAUUCUGAUAGUGAAAGAUGACAGUAACCAUCCAAUGGCUGUAGUUAGCUCCACCAAAAGCAGAUUGGCCCUGCAGCAUGGGGAUGGACAUGUGGUGGACUAUCUUGCGCAGCCAGUCAUUGACUAUGUUCUGAAAAGCCAGCUUUAUAUUAAUACAUCAGGCUGACAGACGCCUUUGACAAUUCUGAUGGAUGUGGCUCUGUGCUCCCCUUGUCAACACAAUAACAUGUAUUUACUGCUCACUGUAAUGUUCUCAAUGAUCAUUAUACAUCUCUCUGCCACUAGGUCCUCGUUCUUUGUCGCCUUCACCUUUCUGAAUCAUGUAUCUCACUUCAGCUCUAUGACUCCUACGCUGUAUCUACUCUGUGGAGAGCUGUACCUGCAUAUUACAUAAAAUAGGAGUCUGGUGGGUUUUACAGUAGACAAUAACAUGCUUUCUGUGGUGAAAGAACGGGGUAAUUAUUCACCCAUUUAGAGUUUUGCAUGCCAUGCCAUACUGAAUGGGUAUAUUUUCCUCUCCCUCACUAUUAAUCACUUUUUUUAAGUGGGGGUUAUGUAUAGGGUGUUUGUUACAUUUUUUCAACAAUUCUCUGUUGCCUUUAUGAUGCCAUAACUUAUCAUCUUCUUUCUCCAGCUCUCUUUUCAACACAUAUAACCUAGAGCUAUGGUUAAUGGGAACGGCAAACCAUUCCUGUCACACUACCAUGCGCAUACUGCACUCAGUUAGCAUGUUCUUGCGGUGCUUAUAUCUCUUUAUGUUGUGGUGCAUAAUAUUUAUUAAUGUGCUGACUGGGAGGGAAGGGCAUGCAUCUGUUCAGUGAUGUGUCAGAUUGGUAGGAGAACCCUAAAAGCAACACAAAUACAGCGGCGCUAUAAAGUUCUCUGGCACAAGAAAACAUUUAUGGUUAAGGUGCAGUUUCAUGUCUUGCACAUUCAAGUAGGCAGUCAGAUGCUACAAAUUACCCUUUGCAAUCCAUUAUGGACCAAUACUUUAAUAUGCUUUAGAAAUCAGUCUAAACAUAUGAAUAAAACUGAAAGUAGGUGCAACAAGGACAGCAUAAUAUAUAAUAUACACACUAUUCACUAAGGGCUAGUCCUUAUACCAUGUCCGGGAUAACAAGUCUCCAAAGAUUGCACAGGGAUCACACUUUCAUAAAACACACGUUUAUCAUUUUGCAAAGGAAUGCUGAAAUAAAAGGCGAUAAACAAUGAACUCUUAGAACAGCACCCAGAUUCCUUGGUAACGGGUUUUUAUAGCAAGACUAAGCACCUAAAUAGAAUGUAGCAUUUUAAAGAAUUCGUUGCAGUACAGCCUUCAGUUUGUAUGAUGGACACAGUACUUUUUUCUAAUCCAUGUGAUUAUCCUCCAUAGACUUGCUGAAGUAGCUACAGGUGUCUUUUACAUAUAUAGCAUAUCCGGUUUGGUUGGCGGUGCCAUUCAUACAUGUAGUGGAUGCAUUUCUUCCAGAAGAAAUAGAACUGAUUGAACAAUAAACAAUGUUUCUGAAAUCACCCCCCAAGUUACCAUUAACAACCUUUCUUAAGUCCUAAAAUCCCUAGUUCCUGGGAUAAAAACUGUACCAUAGAUGACUAUUGCAAUCAGUAUAUUCAUUUAAUUGAUACAGGUACUGUCACACUCAAAAAGGGUGAAAUAGUAUCCAUAGUUAGUGGUCCAGUGGCUUACUUACUGUGAUAGACCUACCUGUUUUCAAGUAUUGAUAACCUGACUUUUGUUGAUAAUUUUGCCCACUAGGAGUCCCUGAGCUAUGGAGAUUUUCAUGAUUUUACAACAAUGCCACUAACAAGCUGAGAGCAUGUAUAGAGAGCAGGAGCUGUCUGGUUGUGUGGUUUCAGGAUACCACAUAUAAAAUGCUCAUCAGCUGUGUUAUCUGCCCUGCAACACAACCAAGCAGAUCCCAUUAUGUGCUGUUCUUGCAGCACAAAAAAAGAAUGAUGUGUGUAUUAUCUGAACAAUGGAACAUUAAGACAUUAUGGAUGGGGACUAGAGAUAUUGUAGCAGCUCUUUGACUAGUGUAAUACGUUUUGUUCAUUUUAAUGUUGCUGUUUUAUCAAUAAAAUAUUGCUUUGCUAGAAA